AAGCAGCACAACAGGGCUCAUCCCGACCGUCCAUUCUGUUCAGCCGAGACUCCCUCAGCCGCUCGAUACCAGCACCUCCCCUACCGCCGCCGUCGGGUUUGGGAUUCCGGCAUCCGGGCUGCGCGGCCGCGGCGCAGAUCAACCAACCACGCAGGCAGACCGCCGCCGCCUCCUCGUCCCUCGGCUCCGCGGCGUCGGAUCGACCAAGAGACCCACGCGAUGCUGCGCAACUUCCCGCAGGCCCGGAGGCUGCUCAGGCGGAUGGGGUUCGAGAAGGAGGACGCCUACUUCUGGAAGCAGAUGGGCAAGGCCACGCUCUGCACCUACACGCUCUUCGGCGUCGCAUGGCUCUGGAACGAGACGUCGCCGCUCGGGUGGUGGACGCUCAAGCCGCGCCCCAAGGAAGAAAAAGAAAUGGCUCACCUUUAUGAGCGCAGGAAGUUCCCGUACCCUGGUGAUGAGGAGGCAAUUGAGGAGUUCAUAAAGAGUGGAGGUGCUCUAGGAACCACGAUUGGACCCAAGGGUUUCGCUGAUGCCAAUAUGGAUUCUGAAAACAUGCAGAAGCAGUUGCAGUCUAAAAAGUUUGAGCAGGAAGCACAGAAACUAUGGCUUCGGAUGAGGAAUGAGGUCGUGCAGGAGCUCCAGGAGAAGGGAUUUGAUAUUGAGUGAGGAUGUUUAAACCGCUUGCCAUCUAAAUUGGAGAACUAUAACUUAGGAAUAAAAGAAUUUGUAGCUAUCUUUUUAACUGUCUGGAACAUUCUCAGAGCUGCUCGAUUGUACUGUAAAUAAAUUUCUCGUCUUGUGGAGAACCAAAUAUCUCAUUUGAUCCUCUUUUAACGCUUCUUAUUGCCUGAUCAUCAAGAAGUUGCACUUUUGGAAAGUACUCAAAUUUUGAUGUUGGUACAAGCAA